UUAGUAAUAGAGUUUAGAGGAGUUGUAAAUUCGUGAGAAGCACUAGAAAGCAUGAUCUUCUGGUACUUGGUGUUAUUCUUGGCUUCUUCUAGUCUGACCACAUCAGUAAUAUCAAUAAAGACAUGCAUAUAAGAAUUCUCUCCUUCCCAAUCAACUAUCAAAGUCUUAACUUUGCAAAUCUUUUCUUCAGACUGUUCAUUAUUUCUAAAAAACUGAUUUCCUUCAUUUGGGUUUCACAUCAAUCUGAUAUCUUUGGUGACUAUGGAGUAUCCACCAUCUAUUAUUUUCUGUUGGCUCUUCAAUAAAAUGGUUAAGUCGCUGAAAUCCGGCUCAAAUGGCUGAGCUUCUUUCUCAUCAUUUAUAAAUGAGAUAUCAAUAUUAGAGAAUUCAUCAAUGCUUUUUCUAAUUUUAUAAAUUUUCUUGUUGAACUCUUGAUUAGUGAAGCAUUUCUUGCUUUCAUUUGAAGAGUUGAUUACAACUC